UUGUUUUGAUUGGACUUGACUGGAAUUUGAGCGAAAACAUCGAUCGAUUGUUUAUAAAAUGAUACAAUUUCAGUUACUUUAGUUUGGAGGUGUCAAGAGAAUUAAAAUUGAAAAUGUUACUCAAACGAAACAUUUUGGAGUGCUCAAUAAUUGUGUCUUUAGGCGGAACAUUAAUAUGUGUUCUACUAAACUAUUUAACUUCCAUAUCCCCAAUAAGUGGGAUAUGGUUUCCUUUAUACAUUCUUACGUUAUUUUUCAUGUCCGUAUUUGUUAGCGUUAAGUUUAUAAAGUGGCUAUUGAGUUUGAACAAGCCUAUAAAAGAUGAUUUGGAGGAAAUAGUUGCGAAGUAUCCUUACUUGUCAUGUCUGUCGGGUGUGUUACCGAAGACGAGGAAAGUGUCGAAGGUGGCAGAGUGUCGCGAGUACGACACCAACGAGCUGAGCGUGAUCUCCACGGUGCUGGAGCGGAAGCUAGUGUCCUCGUGGUACGUGCCCUACAUCUCGCAGGAGAUCGGCUUUCCUUUCGCUUGUAAACAGAUGCUGGAUCAAAUCAUUGGCAGAAGUUUUCAGAUCUGCAAUAAAAUAGAAACCAAAGAUAUAUUUGUUGAUGUAUGUAUUGUCUUAACCAGUCACCUCAAUGAGUACAAGAAGGCUCAGAAACGCCAAGAGAAAGCACCGGCCAGUACUAUUCAAUCAUUAUAUAAAAAAUCACAUCCUAUUUUUGAUGUAAAGAACAAACAAGUUGACUCAGCAGAUCAUUGUACAAAUAUAAUUCGCAUUAUACUUAAAGAGCUGAUUCCGUGGGAACUCUGGGACACUCCAAACUCAGAACUACUUGUCCGCAUUCUAUCGAAGAAGCUGGACAAUUUCAUUCACAGCACUUUUGCCGAUCCUGUGUGGCUAAAUGACAAGUUGAUGACCAUCUUGAAAGGUAGUGAACCAGUAGUGGAACCGGAAAAAGUGGUGGAGGAGGUGCCCUUAUCAGAGUAUGUACCAGAACCAUUGACUGCUGAAGAAUUAUCAGCGAUGGUCAGUCAGGGAACUAGUGUUGUUAUCCCUAGUGAUAUUGUUGAGGAGAAAGAAGAGUGUGAGAUUGAGAAGAUAGAGAAAAUCAUAGAAGAAGUACCAAUUAACAGCACACAGCCUGUUGAUAUAACGAAGUCACCAAUUUUACGACAGCGAAGGGGCCGACAGGGCAGGAACGAAGUCAAGAUAUAUGAUAGAGUUAUUGAAGGAAGUGUAAAGACAUGGGAGACAGACAUAGACCUGCAGUGUAUCAGCAUGGGGCAGGACUUGUUGGCGAGCCUGGACGGCGAGAUCACGCUGUCGCGGCUGUGGGGACAGGACGCGGACGCCGACGGCAGCCCCAACCCGCCGCGCGGCAAGUCGCCGCAGCCGUUGUGGUUCGGCGAAGAAGAAACAAUAGAAGUAGAUCCUCUCGAUUCGAGUCCGAACAGGGAUAAUAAGAAGGAGCACAGCCCGAAGCCGGCGGACGCGCUGCUGAAGGACCUGCAGACCACGGUCAGCCAGGCGAAGCACAAGAUAGGCGACCUUCAGGUGGAGCCCAAACUUGGCUUAGAUGUGACCCGCAAGCAAAACUCCAGUGAUGAGGCUGCCGGAAUGAUGGAGGGUCUUCUGGACUUCGGGAUCGCUGGCCUGAAGAAAGGCCUCAGAUUCACUGGCCUCAGCGAUGACUCGCAGGAGAAGUUGCACUCCCACCAAAGAGACAAAGGAGACAAGAGCCCCCCUCUAGAAGGUACCAGAGUGAAGCCGAUACAGGAACAUAGAGCCACAAACGUCACAAAUGGACAAAGAGACGAGAACAACGCACCGCCGUUAGUGAAACAGCAGAGAGUAUCGUCGCAGGAUAGUAUACCGUCGCAGUCUCGUCCGAUCCCCCGCGGCGAGGCGUCCCUGCCCAUGGUCCCGGACUCCCCCGAGCCGGAGUACGAGGAGGCUGCCGACCUGUCCACCAGUAUCGCCAAGCUGCGCUGUCUGCUGCAGCAGCGCGCGCAGACCAGCCCCAGAGUGGAGCGCGCGCCGGACGUGUGGUGGGAGAGCGCGGAGGAGACCCGCGGGCGGCCGCUCCCGCACGAGCGACACGAGCGACACGAGCGGCCCGUCGACACCGCCACGCUCGCGGAUGAGUACGACAUGAGCCUGGAGCGGAACGCGUCCCCCGGACAGACGUCCAACAACAUGCAGAGACUUGACAAGCUGUUCCAGCGCACGGUGACGGGCGUGUUCAACUCCAUCAAGACAGCGGUGGGCGCGGAGGGCGAGGGGCCCGCGCCGCGCCCGCUGCACGACUGGACCUACGUCUGUACCUCCAUAGAGCUCAGCGUAUGCGGCGCAGUGGCGCGCCUGGUGGGGUCGCGGCGCGGCGGGUCGCAUGUCGAGGCCGCGCUGGACUCGUUGGCCGAGCUGCGUCCGCGACAACCGCUCCCACCGCCGCCAGACCCGAUCGACCUGGAGGAGUGGUGUGGCAGCGGCGGCGCGUGUAGCAGUAGCGCGGGCGCGGCGCUGGCGGCGGCCGGCCUGGCGCGCUCGCAUCUGGCGCUCAGCCUCGCCACGCUGCUGCUGGCAGAUUUAGCGGAAUCGUUCCUGGACUCGUGGCUGGAGGAGCUGGGGUCCUGGCUGCGGCAGCAGGUGUUCGCGACCUUUGAGCAGCUGGCGGAGAGUGACGCCGCCUUCUUCGAGCCUAAACCCAAGCUGCGAGACCUGGACGUGGACCAGACGUGCGCUGCGCUGCUUGAACGCAUACAACCCUCUAUGUACAUAUUCGGUGAGGAGCGCGUGACGGAGGCAGUGCGGCUGGUGGUCUCCAGCUUCUCCCACAAGGACAUCAACGUGGACGUCCUCUUCCGGACCCUGGACCUGCUCGCCGGACAGUUCAAGAAGGCCGCUGGACUUAGGAAUCCUUCAUUUGACAGUAAUUAGUAGAAUAUACUAGCUGUUUGCCGCGGUUUCACCCGCGUAGUGAGCAGUUUCGCGGUAAUUUUUCGGUUUUCUACGUAAGAAACAUCACCUUUUUUUGUCUUUUCCGCAAUUUUUCCAAGCGAAAUCGGUUCAGUCGUUCUCGAGUUUUAGCGAGACUAACGAACAGCGAUUCAUGUUUAUAAUAUUCCUCACUU